AUGGCAAGUCACAAGUAUCCUGGGAACCCUGGGUGGACAGGACCCAUAUCCCAGGACAUGGCAGGUACCACGCCGAAAGCAUCAGCCCCCCGCCCAGAUCUCCCACAUCCAGGGCCUGAGGACCACUUAGAGGCCCAGGGUAGCCCGAGCUCCAACUCCAGUAUGACCACGCGCGAGCUGCAGGAAUACUGGCGGGCCCAGAAAUGUUGCUGGAAGCACGUCAAACUGCUCUUCGAGAUUGCCUCCGCCCGCAUCGAGGAGAGGAAAGUCUCCAAGUUUGUGGUGUACCAGAUCGUGGUUGUCCAGACCGGGAGCUUUGACAGCAAUAAAGCCGUCCUGGAACGGCGUUACUCCGACUUCGAGACGCUCCAGAAGAAACUCCUAAAGACUUUCCGGGAAGAGAUCGAAGACGUGGUCUUCCCUAAGAAGCACCUGAUAGGGAACUUCACGGAGGAGAUGAUCUCCGAACGCAAGCUGGCCCUCAAGGAGUACCUCAGCCUGCUCUACGCCAUCCGCUGCGUGCGCCGCUCGCGCGAGUUCAUCGAUUUCCUCACGCGGCCCGAGCUCAAGGAGGCCUUCGGCUGUCUGCGCGCCGGCCAGUACACCAAGGCCCUGGACAUCCUGAUGCGCGUGGUGCCGCUGCAGGAGAAGCUCACGGCGCACUGCCCCGCGCUGCUGGUGCCCGUCCUGUGCGCCAUGCUGGUGUGUCACCGCGACCUGGACAGGCCCGCCGAGGCCUUCGCGGUCGGGGAGCGGGCCCUGCAGUGCCUGCAAGCCCGCGAGGGCCACCGCUACUACGCCCCGCUGCUGGACGCCAUGGCCCGCCUGGCCUACCUGCUGGGCAAGGACUUCGUAUCCCUGCAGAAGAGGCUGGAGGAGAGCCAGCUCCGGAAGCCCGCCCUCCGGGGCUUCACCCUGAAGGAACUGACGGUCCAGGAAUACCUGUCCUGA